UUUCCUUUUUGUGUUGCUUCUUCCUUCUCGAAAGCGAAUACCGUCCCGAUAGCGCACGCCGAGACCCGCAGGACGAGAUUGUAAAGCGAAGGGGCGCAUCUGGCCGUCCGAUCCUCAACAUCGGUGCAUCCUUGACCGUUCAUUUCCCUCCCCUGAGAUCUCGAAUAUCUCGAGGCGGCGGCGGCGGCUGCUGGUGCGGUGCUGUUUUCUCGUCGGAUCCUCGCCGGGAUCGAUUAUCUUGUUAUCGCGUCCGUCCGCAUUCCAGGUUUUUCCAGAUCUUGGCUGCCGUGCCGAUCCUGUUCUGGGAGGUUUCCGGCGAACUGGUGCCGGAUUUGGGGGGUUAGGGUUAGGGUUUGGUCUUGGUGCUGCAUGUGUUUUCCGUGAAACAAUGGCAAGUGCUUACUCGGCUCCGGUAGCUGCAUUCCAGGUGGGUAACUACUUCGUGAGACAGUACUAUCAGGUGCUUCAGCAACAGCCUGACUACUGCCACCAGUUUUACAAUGAGGCGAGCACGAUGGUCCGUUAUGACGGAGAUAAGUGUGAGACGGCCACUGCGAUGCUGCAAAUACAUUCGCUUGUCAUGUCUCUGAGCUUUACGGGAAUUGAGAUCAAAUUGGCACACUCUGUUGAUUCCUGGAACGGUGGCAUUCUGGUGACGGUAGCUGGUUCUGUCCAGACAAAGGACUCAAAAGGCCGCAGGAAAUUCAUACAGACAUUUUUUCUUGCCCCUCAGGAGAAAGGAUACUUUGUUCUAAAUGAUAUUUUUCACUUUGUUGAUGAAGAACCCGUCAUCCAACAUCCACCGAGCAUGUUGGCCCAUGCUAAUUUUGAUGCACAGCACAACACAUCCAACUCGCUCGAAGAGCCUGUUGCAGAUUACAUUCUUAGUGGUGAGGUGGAGCCCACAGACUUUGUACCCCAACCACAUCCUGAAGAGACUGCCACCACUGAGGAGUAUGUCCUUCCAGAGCAGCAUCAAGUUUCUGAAGCAAACAGCUUUGUGGAAGAAGCAGCUGAUAACUGCAGCUCAAUUCCAUAUGCAGUAGUGGACAAUACUAUUCCAGAAGCAGCACCAUCUCCUGUUGACGAGCCCAUUGAACCUGUUAAACAAACCUAUGCAUCCAUUUUGCGGGUUGCAAAAAGCUCCUCAGGGCCUACAUCAGCUACUCAGGUAUUAAGCAAAAGUGCUUCCCUAAACUCAGAAUGGCAGCAGACAGCACAGUCUACAUCAUACAUGUCAAAUCAAUCGCAAAAUCCAGCACUGGCAUUGCCAGAAAAGGUUCUCGAAGUAACUGAUGAAAUUUCUACAACAGAGGAAGAAGAUGGAUCUAGUAUGAUGCCAGGAGAUAUUAGCAAGUCUGUUUAUGUGAGGAAUCUGCCCACUACAGUCUCGCCUUCUGAAAUUAAGCAGGAGUUGAAGGCGUUUGGUAAGAUCAAGCCAGAGGGUGUUGUUGUCCGGAGCCGCAAGGAUAUUGGUAUCUGUUAUGCCUUCGUUGAAUUUGAAGAUGUGUCAUCUGUUCAAAAUGCAAUCAAGGCUUCUCCAGUUCAAAUCGGUGGAAGGCAGGUGCACAUUGAGGAGCGGAGGCAAAACAGCAGCUCAACACGCGGAAGAAGGGGAAGAGGAAGGGUUGGCUAUCAAACAGAAGCACCAAGAGGAAGAGGCGGCUUUGGUGCAAGGUCCUUUGGUCGGAGCAGUGGACCAGAUGGAGAGCGAGAGUACAGCAGCAGGAGGGGUAAUGGUUACCAUUCCCGUACCCUUCGGCAAGAGAGAGGAAUCCUGGGAAGCCAGACUGCGAGGAAUGGACAAUCCCAAUCUGAUGCUCUCUAAUUUAGUGGUGUUUGAAAAUUUUGAGUGGCAAUGUGAACUGAGGUGUAGUUGCGUCUAUCCUUCAUUGAACACUUAAUUCUACGAGAAAUAUAUUCAUGUAUGUGUUGAGGGUACCGCUUGAUUAUUGAUUUUGAAGAAGAGAUACUAGCACUGUUUUCCU